GCCGUUGUUAAUCCAACAAAUACAAUAUAUGCCACAAAAAGAUUAAUAGGGCGUAGUUAUAACGAUAAAUCAGUUCAACAUGACGCAAAAUCAGUCCCAUACAAAAUAAUAAAACAUUCAAAUAAUGAUGCGUGGGUUGAAGCUUCGGGGAAAAAAUACUCUCCUUCACAAAUUGGUGCUUUUAUUCUAAACAAAAUGAAAGAAACAGCCGAAGGUUAUGUAGGUAAAAAAGUUAGUCAUGCUGUCAUAACUGUACCAGCUUAUUUUAAUGAUGCUCAACGCCAAGCAACAAAGGAUGCUGGGAAAAUAGCAGGACUUGAUGUUUUACGAGUAAUCAAUGAACCAACAGCUGCCGCACUUUCCUAUGGUUUGGAUAAAAACGAGGAUAAGAUAGUGGCAGUUUAUGAUCUUGGUGGUGGAACUUUUGAUAUUUCAAUUCUUGAAAUACAAAAUGGAGUCUUUGAAGUCAAGAGUACAAAUGGUGAUACUGCUCUUGGUGGUGAGGAUUUUGAUGGUGUAUUGGUAAAUUAUAUUAUCCAAGAAUUUAAAGCAGAACAAGGUGUUGACAUCUCAAAAGACAGUUUGGCCAUUCAACGUAUUAGAGAAGCUGCAGAAAAAGCAAAAAUUGAACUUUCAUCGACCCUACAAACAGAUAUCAAUCUUCCAUAUAUUACAGCCGAUAACAACGGUCCAAAACAUAUUAAUAUUAAAUUAACAAGAGCAAAGCUUGAAUCAUUGGUUAAAAAAUAUGUUGAUCGUACAAUUGAGCCUUGUAAAAAUGCAAUUAAAGAUUCUCAGGUUUCUCCAAAAGAUAUCAAUGAAAUAAUUUUGGUUGGAGGAAUGUCACGUAUGCCAAUGGUAUUUGAAACU